AUGACCAAGGAACCAACGCCCCUGACAGCGGCGCUUCUUAAUCCUGACGUGAACAUGGGCACGAAGCGCCCGCAGCUCACGUGGGAUCUCGUGUGGGAGGCAAGUGACGUGAGCGCGCACGUGCGUCGCCACUUGCUUCGCGUCUACACGACGCUUGGACUCAUGGUGCUCUUUGCUGCUAUCGGCGUUCUCCUCGACUUGCGCUGGCCCGUCGAUCCCGCGAUCACGGGACUCGCCAUCACGUUGCCGCUUUUGUUUGCCAUCAUGUUCUCGCCGCCCGCGUGGCUCGCCUUUCGCUUGACAAGUGCGAUGCUUCUCGCCACGUCCAUGGGCGCCAGCAUCGGCAGCCUGGUGCAGCGUGUCCUCGCCCUCGACCCGGCUCUCGUCGGUCUCGCCUUUGGCUGCACGACGUUGAUCUUUGUCACCAUGAGUCUCUGCGCGUAUUUUGCCACGCGCCGAGCUUCGUUCUUUCUCUACGGGCUUCUCGUGUCGGCGUUGCUUGUGCUGCUUGUCCUCGGUGUCGCCACCCUCUUUCUUCACGAGUCCUUUCUAGUCUACCUUAGCCUCUAUGGCGGCCUCGUGCUCUUCUCGCUCUUCGUCAUCCUCGACACGCAGCUCAUGAUUGAGCGCGCCAUCUGCGGCGAAGACGACUUUGUAUGGCACGCGCUCGACCUCUUCCUCGAUAUCAUCAAUAUUUUCGUGCGCAUGUUGACCGUCUUGGGCCUCGGGAACGACGACUAG